GUGUGUGUGUGUGUGUGUGUGAGAGUGUGUGCGUGUGAGUGUGUCCGUGUGCGUGUGUCCCACCCCCCGCGCGCGCUGCCGCCGCGUGGAGCCGCGCUGCCUGCCCGCUGCCUGCUCGCUGCCUGCCCGCUCCGCUGCCUGCCCUCUCCGCUGCCCGCUCCGCUGCCCGCUCCGCGCCCUGCCCAGCCCAGCUCACCCCCCAGCCGUGCCCCCGCUGGGCCGGACGGCGCGGGGAUGGGCGCGGGGUUGUGAGGGCGGCGUGAGCCGUGGCCAUGGGGAACAUCUCCUCCAACAUCUCCGCCUUCCAGUCCCUGCACAUCGUCAUGCUGGGCCUGGACUCGGCGGGGAAGACCACGGUGCUUUACCGGUUGAAGUUCAACGAGUUCGUUAACACCGUGCCCACCAUCGGUUUUAACACGGAGAAAAUCCGGUUGAGCAACGGGACGGCCAAAGGCAUCAGCUGCCACUUUUGGGACGUGGGUGGUCAGGAGAAGCUGCGCCCGCUUUGGAAGUCCUACAGCCGUUGUACCGAUGGCAUCAUCUACGUGGUGGACUCGGUGGACGUGGACCGGCUGGAAGAGGCCAAAACAGAGCUGCACAAGGUGACCAAGUUCGCCGAGAACCAGGGCACCCCGCUGCUGGUCAUCGCCAACAAGCAGGACCUGCCCAAGUCCCUGCCGGUGGCCGAGAUCGAGAAGCAGCUGGCCCUCCACGAGCUGACCCCUUCCACCACCUACCACAUCCAGCCCGCCUGCGCCAUCAUCGGCGAGGGGCUGACGGAGGGCAUGGACAAGCUCUACGAGAUGAUCCUGAAGCGGAGGAAGUCCCUCAAGCAGAAGAAGAAGCGGUAGAAGCCCCGCAGAUGCGGGGAGGGAUGGGGAAGCAGACAAAGGAACCGAGGGGGAGAGAGAACCAAAGCGAUUCUUUUUGGUUUAAUUGUUAUUAUUAAUUUUUUUCCUCUUUUUUUUCCUUUUUUGUUUUUUUUUUUUUUGGCCUCCUUUCCGAACGAACAGACAAUAGUGGUGAUAACAAAGCCGCUCCUGCCAGCCAAGCCCACAUCCCGGCUGCGGGCGAGAGCCGGGGUCUCUCCCCCCCCCCCCCCCCGCCCCUUUCCCUGGACCACCGUGCUCCCCAGGGCCGGAUCCGGACCUGCUGGGCCCCCGGGCUGGGAACCCGCUAAAACGGGGCGAGCCCCCCCCCCCCCCGCUCCGUCCUUCGGGACCACCGAGCUUUUGUGUGCCGGGGGCGAACAGGGCAGGACCCUGUUGAAGUGCAUUGGAGAGAAGCCCAGCGUGCUUCUGGAUCUUUAACGUGUGGAUUUUGGGGGGUGGGGGGGUGUAGCAGGGAUGCGGUGGGGAGGGAUAGAUGCUAUAGGGGGGUGGGGGGGUGAAGGCAGCGCCCGGGCUCGGCAAGGUCAGCGAUGGGGGGGUGGGGGGUGGGGGUGUCCAGCUGCGCCCCGAUGCCUGCCCGCAUCCCAGCAUCCCUCCCCCGCGUUUGUCGGUGGGAAGGGGUGUUGAAAACGCGGGGGGGUGUGGGUUGGACCAGCACAAAAUGUCUGGGUGGGGGGGUGGGUGAUGGGUAAGGGGACAACCCCCCCCCCUGCACCCAGCUUCCUACCCCGGCUGCUGUUUUAGGGCGCGGAUGGGUGCAGAGCAAGGAGGGGCAGCCUUCAGCCCCGGGGGGGGGGGUGUAAGGCUGCGGCGCUGGGGGUGCUUAGCAGCUGCUGACUGGUGCUGAGCUUUAAGCUGUUUGCUUAAAAAAAAAAAAAAAAGAAAGAAAAAAAAAAGGCAAGGUUCUGGGGUGAGCACUGCUGGAAGCAUUGGUGGGGGGGUGUCCAGGAGUCCCCC